UGAAGUGUUCGCGGUAGAAUUUGGCACGCUCAUAUUUCGCUCUUGUCAAUAUGAACUUUCGGAUUAUCUUAAUCUUUACUUUAGGAUGUCUGUUUUCAUGUUUGUUAAUAGCGUCAUGUGAAGAAAGCUUGUCGCAGAUCUCCGUGAACGGACGAGAGAAAAGGGAUACCCGCAGGCAACGAGAGGACAGCAAUGAAAGCGACGAUAAGGACGACGACGAUGAUACAAGGAAAGAAUAUAAGCGUCGAUAUACCAUCCAAAAACUGCUUAAAGUAUUAAAAAAGUCUUUGUCCAGACGGCAGCUUAAAAAAGUAGUCAGGAAACUGCGAACUCUUAAACGUUCAAAGAAACGUAUAACAAUGUCCGUUAUCCGUGACACGAUCAAAGAGGUGGUUGCUAAGAAGGGCAAAAAAACUGAUGUUAAAGUCAAAUCGACUGCCCCUAAACUAACGAAACCUCCGCCAACUCCGAAACCGCAACCCGAGAAAAAAACGGAGAAAAAGAAUCCCAUUGUACCUGACAGUCAGUUAGUGUCAGUUCAGAAAACACCAAAGGCACCUCAAGUCAUCGUUACACCAAAGCAACCGGAACCCCCCAAACCAGUUAUAACAACGAAGACACCUCAAAUCGUGGAAACACCAAAGCAACCGGAACCUCCGAAACUAGUUAAACCCGUGGUUUAUCAUCCACCUGUUCAAAAAAUCGAAAAAGCUCCUCCAAAACAAUUCAUCGCACCUUACAUACCUCCUCCAAAAUCAGAACCACCGGUCACGAAAGUGAAGAUAAAUCAGCCAAGACAUCAAAUUACAACUCAGAAGAAAGGCAAUUUACAAACCAUACCGAUGUUAGAUGGUGGAAAUGUACCACUGGACACACGUAUUACUCCAGAACUGAAAUUGAACAUACACAGUAUCCCAGCCACAAGAAGACAAGAAGCACUAUUCAAUAGAUUGUUAGUCCUUCGACAGCGUGUGAACAACCUCAAGAAAAGCAGAAAUGGUAACUUCAGGAAGCUUCGAGAAAGGAAAAGAAUCUCCAAACCAGAAAUUGUAGCAGUCUCUUUAUCAGGACCAGGGUCGUCGACUUCUGUUGCAAGUAAACCAACACACGCUGUCGUUAGUGCUGCUGCGAGUCCCGCUACCGACACAAAACCAUUCAAGCUUUCUUCACCUAACCACAAUCAAAAUAAACACUACCUUACGCCAGAUAAAACGAAAAAUGUUCUUCGUACACAAAAUCAUGAGACAGCACCAACUACCGCUAAAAGUUCCAAUCUGUCUUCUCCUCCGCGUUUGACGAAACCAACAUCCGCCGAAAAGACAAAAGACGACUUUAAACGUGUGAGAAAGAUCAUAUGGGUGAUUCAUAGCCUCCUUUCUCGGUCUAAAGGUAGAAAAUAUAAAGUGUCGGUAAAAGCGAUGAAGCUUCUCAGGAAAAUGGCCAGGAAAUACAAGAAUGUCAUGCUAAAAAAGAAACCAGCUUUAAAGAAACCACACGUGGAAACUAAAGUACAUUACUCGGUAGCAACCGUGGUACACACUGGACCAGUGGACCAAGUGGGAACCAAAUCUCUUCAGAGUAACAUCCCCCUGUCAAAUACAGCGGAAAUGGCAAACCCCCAUAUGAUGGAAAAUGAUAUUAUUAAGCAGAAAAUCAAGAAGAAAUCAAAUAGACAUCGAUUUUCUCCAUCCAUAUUAGAGAAUACUAAAGAUACAUAUAUUUCUGAUUCCCCUCAGGCGAAAAGUCAUUCUAAAGCUAUUCCAAAGUCGUCCUCUAUUCAGGACACAGGUAGCACUAAGAAAUCUGAGCAAACAGUUGUGGAAAAGACUGAAUCGGUCCCAGUUUUACCCAUUCCUGUAACUCUUAAUCUAAAAACUAAAAUAGAAAUUCCAUCAGAACUCAAUAAAGAUAUCCCCAAACCAAAAGACGUGGAAAUUUCUAAUAUCAAUAAAGAAAUCCUUAAAACAGAGAAAAACAGCGAUUCUAUUAAAUCUCAUUCUGCAGUAUCUACCGGAGUAAAAAUUCAUGACAUAGAAUUUAAGCAAAAGUUGGAGUCCAAUAAAGAAAAGGACUCACCACCAAAUAAAAUUGAGAGCGUCAUCAAUGACGCUCCCGAUCAUCUUCAUGCAACUUUCUUACCCCCCGCCAUUGAGGAUCCCUCUCUGAAACAAACAAAACCAGACGUGAAAAUUGAGAAAAUAUCUGAGACAAACAACGAACAAAACGUUGAAGAAAGCCAAAUUAGUCAAAGUCACCCACCAGACAAUACCGUAAAUAUUAUUAAGUCGGUUCAAACUGACAUUCAAUCAACAGAUACCACAAAAUUUUCCUCUUUGCCCAAUUUCGAAGACCCUACGACUAAUGACCGCAAAGUUCAUGUCACAGAAGAAAGACAUAUGCAAUUACCUGCAGACAAAACAAACCCAAUUUCGCGAACUGCAACUUCCACUAUAACAGAAACAAGUUUGACCCCUGAAAAGCCCGACAAAACAUUUUCAGUGUUCAAUAUUCCUAGUAAAUUCGAAGCUGUUGAGCAAUUUAAGAAAAAUAACUUUGUUGAUGCCAAUUUAGAUCAGUCUCCAUACAAAGCAUUGCCGUCAGAUAACACCCCAGUUGAUACGUCUGCUAAACCACGAUCAGAUCCCAUUUCCAAACCGAACAUUACUCCACUUUUCCAACAAGAAACUAAAAAUACUUUCUUUAAAAACGUCGAUUUGAACAAAGGUAUAGUCGAUACUACAGCGAUUGAAAGUAAUUCAGUUCAAAUUGUAAAACACAAUCAGGCAAAAUCUAACACUGAGAAAACUGUUCAUGUUACUCCCCCCGUUUUGGAUGCUAAAUCUAUGCAAAAUAAACUCGAAGGCAUUGCUGUUAUCAUUCCAGAUGAUGUUACUGUGCAAAAACCACAACAAUAUACGAAAGUUAACACAAACAACUUAAAUGCUAAAACAACCAACAUUGUAGACAUAGAAAGUUCAUUUAAUAACAAAAACAUCAAUAAGAUUGUGCAAAAAGACGAGCCCACUUUGAAACUACCUCUGUUUACUACACCUUUGCAAAAUAAACUCGAAGGUAUUGCUGUUAUCAUUCCAAAUGAUAUCACUGGGCAAAAACCACAAGAUACGAAAGUUAACACAGACAACUUAAAUGCUGAAACAACCAACAUUGUAGACAUAGAAAGUUCAUUUAAUAACAAAAACAUCAAUAAGAUUGUGAAAAAAGACGAGCCCACUUUGAAACUACCUCCACUUACUUUACACAUACCGAAUCAGCCAACUGUUCCUAAGACACAAGCCAUACGUUCGCUUUCAGUAAAUCGACCAAUCACAGCUAAAGUACAGCCAAUAGAUUCGCACACAAUAAAUCAACCAAUCAUCACUAAGGUACAAUCCACAGGUUUGCAUUCUGUAAAUCAGCCAUUCACUGCUAGGGUACAGCCCACACGUUCCCACUCUGUAACUCAACAGUCCAACGUAAGCAAACAGAAAGUAAAUGUACCACGCAAAUCGAUACCAAGAUUUCAGAUAUCAAGAACUAAUGUUGCAGCACACACAAACAGGGUGGGAAAUCAGAGAGCUACUCAAAGAAAUGAGAAACCAAAAGUAGAUUUGACUAGAUUAGGGAGGGCGGGAUUAGAUAAGGCUGCCAUUUUGAAGCAUCUUUUAGAAAUAAAAACAAUGAGAGAACAGCUUGUAAAAAGAAUGAGAGACCAACUUGCAGCAACAGGGAGAGUGAGUGAAAGGAGACUUUCUGAUCUACUUCCUAAAUCUAUACCCUCAUUUCUUAAUACAAGAAUUCCUUCUAAACCCAAACAAUCUGCCUCGAUAUCACAAAACACCCUAGUCUUCGGGGUCGACAAAGCUAAGCCAUCACUCUCCAACCCACAAGGAACUACUAGGGCGCAUCGUCGAAAACGGAGUCUUUUAAGUGCUCACCACAUACCCGGUAGCAUAAUUCCACAUUCAAAAAAUGAAAUAUUUGUAGAUAUGCCGUUACGAUCUCUGUCGUAUGAUAAACAGAAAAAUAACCGAGUGGAUUUAUACGGUGGAUUAGGGUCAAUUUCCCGAACACCACCACAUGUUGGACAUGGCAGAAACGACCUUACUAAUACAGGCUCUUUGUCUAUGGGAUUCGUUCAUCCCAACUUAAUUCAGCAUCGAGGUAUGACAAAACUUGAGAGAUUCUUCCGUAAACCCGUAAAUUUCGAACCUGAACCACAAAUACCAAACAUUGCCAAUGUAAUGAAUCAAAUCUUUGCCCCAGGACCACUUUAUCAGCGUCCACAACUGUUUGCCGGAAAUUCACUUAGUGCUUCAGUCUCAAAUAACCCCCAUCAUAAACCUUUUCACCUGAAUGCAUCAGUACGAAAAUCAUCUCAUGCUGCAAAGAAUACAUUAUCUGGUUUUCCUAAAAGACGAAAUUUUGUUGAAACUGCACCCGUCAAAUUAAGGAAUUCUAAUAGACAUGGAGUUCGAAUUUCGGUUAACAAGGAUGCAUCACCAGGAUCACAUGCGCACCAGCAACAUCUGCAAAGAAUCAAAAAUGAGAAGACCAUAGCUACAACAUAUAUGGACAACUCCUUGUCAUUAGGGCCACCUAAACCUAAAAGACCAAUUUAUCGAACAGUUCGACGCAUCGUUAUUUUACCCUUACCUACCCCAAAACCAUCUGCAUCAACGGUUUAUGGCACCAAACAAAACAAAGAUAUUGUGCAUAAGUCUAGUCAGAUGCACUUUAAGGAAUCAAACAAUUUAAAACAACGCCCACAGGCAGGCUAUUUAACUAAGGCCCAGCCAGAGACAAAGUCCUUUGAAGAUACCAACAAAAUCGAAUACAAGACCGUAACGUUAGACUCAAAGAAUGAUGCAGUCAGAUCAGAAUACGCUGGAAAUAACCUGUCAAAGUCUCCGACAAAAAUCCACCAAAAUAGUAAGAUUGAAUAUCCAAAACAUCAGCUCCCACAGAAUAAAUUGUCAUCGGUUCCUACUCAGAAACAUCAACCAGAUAGGGUCGAACAACUAAAAUCCAAAGACAUGAAAAUCAAAUCGUCGCCAAAUUCAACUUAUCAUAAGUACAGUGGUACACGCGAUUCAGAAUCACGUUACUCAGGCAACAGUCUGUCCUUGUCUCCGCCUCGUCACAAUCACAUGAAAGAUACAACCCCUUUUGUCAAUUUUGCCUUUUCUCUCAACAGUCCAGCAUCAAUGUUCAUGAACACUGCUGAAGCUAGAACAACAAAAGUUCAAUCUCGAGACUAUUCUGGUUCAAUUUCCGUAGCUCCAAACAGCAUAGCUAGAGCUAAGGCUAAAAACGACAAAGCAGGACCUGGUCUGAGUGCUACUCCGUUUGUUAAAAAAAGUUCGAAUGCUGGUAUUGUUUUCGAGGAAAUAGAUCCAUUGUCUUUAACCAAUUUCAUCAUGGCAGCAAGUAAAGAUGUAAACAAUGGAGGUAGUGACAUCAGGAUAUCAACGGCUCCUGUAAAAUUAACUGACAGCUCUAUCAAGAAAGGCCUUCUUCUGGAAAUUCCAGAAAAGAAUGAUUUCAUCGGAAAGAAGACUCAGAAGAAAAAGAAAAAUGUAGUGAAUAUGCAAAGUUUGAAACAAAAAAAGAACACUUCGAAUAAUGAAUCAAAAAAGGACAUGCCUCAUCGCUAUAUCUCCGUCAGACCUUUAUCAGAUUUAAAAAUGACAAAAGACAACACAAAUAUAUCCCCUCCGCAUUCCAGACAUUCGCCUUCCGAACACAGUCACAGAAGAAACCCAUUUUCGUUUUCAUUGUCUGGGAUUUCACCAAAGAGCCAUACACACUCUCCGAAAACAACCGUUCCUCACUCUGUAAAACCCACGAUCAAACCUACUCUUGUAGUUCCAAUGCCACAGCAAGAAAACAGCAAAUCGUCCGCCCAACGUACAUCAGUUCGUCUUGCGCAAAUGCAACAAAAUGUUCUUAACAAGAAGCAAACAGGCAAAACAUCACUUUCAAAAUACCAGAUUGUGGAAAAUUCUCUCUCUAAACAUCAAUCAAUGAAAGAUUUUCUUACCAAACAUACUAUGCAUCAACCCAAAGACAAUUCACGUAUUCAAUACAAAACUCUAGAAAAUUCAUUUACUAGACCUCCAUUAAAACCUCAGAUGGAAAAGAAAUUUACAAAGUAUCCUUCAAGAGAUUAUGUUCCACAGACUUCUUCUAUCUCAAUACCACCAAUGCAGAACGCAAAGACUUACACCGUUGCGAAACAGAGCUUUGAUGUCCGUGACAAUUCUACGACCAAAUACAGUACCACUACUCACACUGACCACUCUACUAUUGCUCAUCUUCAAGCCACCACACCAAGUAGCAGAAUCAUGGCAUAUAAACCGACAACACCAAACUGGCGACGAAGAAACUCUCAUCAUCACACGUCUGGGAAAGUAGGACAUUAUGAAAAGCAGUCUACAAUUGAAAUACAAGGAAGCAGAAAUGCUAACAAUCACAAUCAGAUUCCAGUACUGCCAAAUCAAAUCCAUGGUUCAAGUUUGUCAAACAGAAAGUUUUCUCCGUACACUAUCGAAAAUUUCAAUCAACUCCCCAAACAAACUGUAUCACACCCAGCAUCACGGACAAUGUCAAACAAAAUGGAGAACACAAUCAAUAAAUCUAAACCAAGAGACAUGCACAUAUCAUUACAUAAUAUGGAUAAUACAAUUAGUCAUACAAAGCAAUGGGCGACUAAAGACUUAUCGACAUCAAAAGCACAGAACACUAAGGGCAUUUAUCACAAUCCAAAUCAAAUCAUGAAGCCAACAAAAAUGCAUGGAUAUGCUAUUCACAUGCCAAAAAGUUCAACGGCGAAACAUACACAGAGUAUAACACGGCCUCCCACACAUUCAAAUAGUCAAUCAGGACACAAGUCCACUCAAAGUCUAACAAGCUACAACAAUCAAAGUCCAUAUUUCAUCAUUGAAAACGGUGGAAAAACUGAAAGGCAAUCAAGAUGGAUGACACCAAGUCCAAAACACAGCAACAAUCAGGGUAUGAUAAAAAUGAACCAUCAGGAACCUAAAAGUCACAACAUGGUCUAUUCAAUCUACAAUAAGCCAAACUCGCAAAUACGAAAGACUCAACAACAAGUUCAUAGUCAUACCACCCUCAAUAAUAUUCAACAGCAAACAAAGCAGCAAGAACAUCCUAUCCAUUACAGUGCACGACACAAUGAAGUGAAUACUGCCUACCAGCCGACCAAAGCUAAUGCUAAUAUACGUUACCAAAAACAUUCUCAAAGCCAUACCUCAAUGAUAAUCGGUCAACAGAAAAGUCAAAACACACAAGUUAAAUCAGUCCAAAAGCAACCUUUUCCUGUUGUGACACAACGCCCAUCAACUAUAAAAUAUUAUCCGCAGACGACAUUGGGCGUAACUCCGAUACCAAUCACUCCGCAAACUCCCGCCACGACGAAGGUCCCCGUUUUCUCCUCUGGUACUGAGCGUUAUGCCAUCAAUUCACACCUGUUGUCGCUGUUAAGACAGCUCCCUGUAGGAGACUUACCAGAUCAUAAGAAAAGGCGAUUAGAACGAAUCUUAGGAGUGAAAAAUGGACAGCUUGAGGACAACAUACCCGAACCUACAUCAGAGGUUUCAGCUCUAUAUAAAGCCAAUCAUUUAGAAGUCAGUCCAUAA